UAAUGACUCUGUCGUUCAUUCAUUUAGGCCAAGAAAUUUAUAGUGUCAAAAUGCUGAAGCCAACUAGAAAAUUAUUUUCAAUUCUAUUACUUCUGUCUGUUGUUAAUGUCAAUGCGGUUAAAGAUAAUGCAGAAACGUCAGCAGCCACUGGAUUUCAUAUUGAAUGGAAUAAUGAUACCGAAGAAUCAACAUGGAUGGGGAAGUUACCUUACGAUGAACAAUCUAAAGAGGUCCAGGAAGAUUUAUGGUGUGAGAAUGAGAGACUGGAGAUAGCCGAUGAGAUAGAUUAUCUAAGUGCCUAUAUGAAGGAAGUGGCUGAUGAUCUUGCUAUGGAUGGUGUCAGGGUCGCAGUAGAGGAAACAAGAAGUCAAGAUGAAGAUAUAGCUACUUGGAAAAAUGAAAAAAUACCCUGCAAUUAUUCAGACAAUAUCUUUCAAUACGUGGAAUCGACUUCCUUGCCACAGUAUCAAGUAUAACGAGUUGACCAGGAUCUUUCGAAAUAAACAGAUUCGUAGAAGGAAACAAUUUUAUUGAUUUGGAAUAAAGUCGCGCGUCUUCGAUUUAUGGAGGCUGUGACUUUUUUUGCAUUGCGUUCGCAUGCAAGUUAUUUUUAUAUUGGAACUUGUGACGCCAUAGACAGUUUUAUUCAUCUCUCUUUUAUAUUAUUUGAAUGUAUACUAAUAAGGAUAGGUCUGUGUCAAUAACCGCCAGUCAUUCAAACGUAAACGGUCUGUUUAUAAAUGAAAUCGACAACUCGAUAUCUCGAAGUUCGAGAUCUCGCAGGUCAAGUGGUUUCGAUAAUUGUAAUGGUCGCCUAAUAACAGAUGAUUGGAGUGAUUCGUGCGCGACACGACGGAAGAGUAUUUUUAUCUGUCAAAAAUAUAGUAUUAAGAGCAAAUAAUAAAUUGUAAAGGAAUAACGAGAUUCUAAGAGUUUCGAGGGAAGGAGGAAAACAAGUGAAAGUAAAUAAAGAAUAAUAUACACAGUAAGUGGAGAGGGGGAUAUAGAGAAAGUGACUGAAUAAGGAAUAAACAAGAAAAAAGGAAGACGAAGAAGCGUAAGUUAAAGGCAUUAAAAAGUAAAAUAAGGUGAUCGAAAUUCAAAGGGUUUAAGUCCUGAGUGACAGUAUCGGGUCUAAGAGGGUCGAAGGGCACAAAGUUCCUGGAAUAGAGAGGAAGAUACAAAACGGGAAAGAGAAAGAUAGAUAAGACGUGUGGGAGAGUGAGAAAGAGAGAGCGAGAGACACAGAGAGAGAGAGAGAGAGAGAGAGAGAGAGAGAGAGAAAGCGAAUGAGCAACUGAGUAAGCAAGACAGAUAGGGACCAGGAGCUUCGUUGUUGGUACGUUUCCCAGUAGUGAUUCUACAGACAUCAAGGAGUGAUAGAGACUUCGUAACAACGUAACAGUGCUCGCUUAAUCUCACGUUCCUGUUAUUAUGUGAUCAAGCCCGGAAUUUAUCUACAGCAAGGGACAUAAAGAAACGUGAGAGAAAUGUGGAAUACAGAGAUUUAUUGCCUUGUCGGAUUGGCUCUUCUCGUUCCUGCUUAUGGAGCUGCUACAGAACAGCAACAUUCAUGCAACAAAAUAAAGGACCCUUAUACCAGACGCAUUGAACAUUAUCUGCCAGAGAAUAAUGUAAGGUCACUAAAGAGCUGCAACGCGACAUUAUUAACACCACAAUGCAGUGUAAACGAGCGAUGCAUUCAGAACGGUGGUAAGGGGCUAUGCGAUUGCAUCAGAGGAUAUGAGAGGCUCAAUGAAAAUUGUGUGCCGAAGCCUCCUCCCGAAGUGUUACCGACUGAUACAACAACCGUAGAAGAUGAUCCACAGCCGGCAUCUGGUGGUAAUUCCGUCGCGGCAGGUUUGUUGAUACCGACAUUUCUGAUAGUCCUGGGCGUCCUUAUCUUCUUUGGUGCUAGACGAUAUAAAUGGGUUCAGCGAUUUCGGGAGUACAGGCAGAAUCGUUACGGGAACGUCCUGGUGACCCGUGACGACGAUGACGACGAUCCGCCGAUCGCGUAAAACGAUUUGGAGUGACUACGACGACCACGAUUAUGACGACCUAGUGAUAAUAAUACACUCCUUCCCAAAAACUAACAAUGAGGAUGAUCAGACUGGUAUUAGAUGUGAUGAGGUUAUCCUCUACCUUAUGACUGCGUCGUGUGAACAAGACCUCGUUCUCCGGUCGACGGCGAGGUUGGUACACAGCGACUCGUUGAAGUGAUACAGAUGGUGUUCUGUAUAGAUGGUGAGUAAUAAAGAAGCCAAAUGUAAAGAAGAGUUCCUGGUUGAUACGAACCUCAACGUAGAUCAUCGCCGGGGAGCAUCUACGGGAGGACGUCGAUCCCAGGGACACUUACAAAAAUUGCUGUAUACUUAUAAGCAAAGAGAAUGAACAAACGUAAUGAUAAUGAUAAACUACAUUUUUUAUUAGUCUUAUUAGAAUUGCGCCAAGGGGAAAACAGAGAGUGAGAAAGAGAGAGAGAGAGCGAGAGACAGAGAGCAUAAUUUUUUACAUUGAUAUUAAAUAAGCGGAUCGGUUAACUUUUUAAUGAUGAAAAAUUGCCUGCGCAUGUGCGUACACUAAAAACAAUAGUAUGUUGCACAUGAGAUAAAUAAGAUAGAUUGCGAUGGUCAUGAAGAUGGUUAUAAUCCUGUGACACGUUAUAUGUACCAAAAACAUAAUUAAUCCCUUUACUUUGGGAAGACGCACAGUAACAAUAAUAACUAUACAACAUCACAAACGUACAUACACUAUCUGAACUCUCUAUAAGUAUAGACGAUGUUUUUCUGUAAUAUAACAAAAUUUUGUGUGUGUGUGUACAAUACAUUGUACGAUACAUUACACGCAGAUGAUAUAUAUAUAUGUAUAUAUAUAUAUAUGUAUCUAUAUGAUUAAUUAAAAUUAGUAGCCAUAUUCUUGCCAGAUAAUUAAUUAUUGUUACGGUACUUUCUACCGUCUAUCACGAGAUAUUAUAAUGACAAACUAUUCUUAUAGUUAAUCUUUUUGUACAGACAAGGAAGCUAACAGUGAACCAGAUGAUAUCCUGAAUGGAUCUUUUGUUCAUAAUCCCAUUUUUGGUAAUCUUUCUUUUACGUUCCUUUAAGCAAAUAAUUAACCCCUUGACCUUCUUGCCAAUAAUCUACAAUCCGUUCUGCAUUUACUAUCAUAAUGCCAUUUUGCAUUUUCUUCCUAUUAUCAGAACUUUUCAUCCUGUGAUCUGUGAUGUACGUUAUCGUUUUAUUAAGAAUUACUCAUUCUAAUCGUCGUGUACGUACGUGUCCUUCUUUGGAGUAUAUCUUCAUCGAAGCUUUCCCUUUUUCAUGAACUGUCCUGAUAAGAAUGACGAGUGACAAAUAAAGAAGAUAAGCAUGGAAUCAUUGUGCGCAUACGUGAUUCAUGUCGCAUAAAAAUUUCACAGAGUAAACAAUUACAUGCAGUGUGUGUGUAUAUAUAUAUAGAUACACACAUACAUAUAUCUAAUGUCAAACGAGAACCACUUCGUUGAAGGCGAUGAAAUGUUUCGUUGUGUAAUUUAUUUUAUUUGUAAUAUAUAGUAAUAAAUGAUUUGGAAAAUGUUGUUUCGUGAUGCCAAUGCUUAGUGGAUAAUUGAAGGAAGAGAUUCAAGGUGUUAAAAUAUAUUCCUGUGAUUUUUGACUA